UCAUUCCAAAUAGGCAAAUACUAGUAAUCUCAUUCUGAAAUCUGAAUUCUCUCCCACCUUCAGUCUCUCUAUCCUAAAUUUUGUUUGGAGUUCCCUUUUUUAGUUUUUAAAUUUUUUUUUCGCCCCUCUCCCCCUGGUCCCAUAAGACUAGUAAUAAAAAUUGGGUCUUUUUCCCCUUCUGGAUCAGAGUCUCAGAGCUUCUGAGUCUCGGGCUCAUUUAAAGAGGUUCGAGAUCUUUCCCUUUCAAAACACUUUUGUCUCUCAAGUAUUUUUCUUCCAUUUGGUAAAACUUUGCACUCCACAUUCUAUUAUUAUUUUGUCAAGAAAAGGACUGCUAGUUGUAGAAAACUGGUGUGUACAAAGUUGCAAACUGCAUAGAAGCUUUUGAGAGUAAUGGAGAGCAGGUGGCAGCGAUGCCAUGCAGUCACUUCUGAUUGACCAAUCUUUCUUCUUUUACCUCAAUAUAUAUUCCAUCUUUCUGACUUCCCGACUUGCUCUCUCCCUCUUUCCCCAACUCUUUUCACCUUUUUAGCUCAAUGGGUUCAGGAGGUGGCCGCAUUUUUCACUAUAGAAAUCGACAUCUCCUCACUUUUGUGCUCUUUCUUCUGAUUACAAGAUCGAACCCUUUUAAAAUCAUUGCUGAAGGCAGAGCAACUCCUAAAUUGCAGGUUCAGAGCCUUGAAGCUAAUCAGAGAGUUGAAGAGAAGGUUGUCAUGGUGAGGUCUUUGAUAGGAUCAAGGCCACCAAGAUGUGAGAGAAGAUGCAUGUCUUGUGGGCACUGUGAAGCAGUUCAAGUUCCAAUUGUUCCCAGUCUAAAGCACCAAAAAAUAAGGAGCAAUCAGUUCUUUGCAACACCUACUAUAGCUUAUUCAAGAGGUGAUGAUAUCUCCAACUAUAAGCCUAUGUGUUGGAAGUGUAAAUGUGGCAACUUCAUUUUCAAUCCUUGAUUGUAUUUUUCAAUUAUUAGACCAAAAAAAAAAAAAAAAAGGACCCACAAGGCAAGCCUUUUGUAUGAAGAAAAUAAGUUUCUUCACUUGUCUAUAUAUGUAGUCUUGGACAAAAAUAUUUAGUUCCGGCCUCUAAUAUGCAUUGUUCCCAAGC